CUGAUCCCAAUUUUCAUCUCCCGUGAUUCCCACUUUCCCAUCGUGCAACUGCCACCCUUCAUCCAGCCAUGGCAGAUCGCGCGUGCGACGUCCCAGCGGGCAGCGCGGCGGAGGAGAGCAGUGGCCUUAAGCGCAAGCCCGAAAGCGACGCGGGGCGAUGCGAUCUUAGCGACGAGGGGUGCGAGCAGGAGGCGAAGCGGCGAGGCAAGGGGAAGGCGGUGGCGGCGGCGGACGCCAAGGGCAAGGGCAAGGCGGAGGGUGCGCGACCCUCGCGCGCGCACGCCCGCGACUCUAGCGGCGGCGGCAGCAGCGAGGAUGGGAGCGACGACGACGCCGCGGCGGCAGUGAGGGCUUCGCGGGAGUGGCAGGGAGGGCAGGGGUCGCAAGGCGCGCGCGAAGGGGUGGAGCCGCAGGCGGAAGACGAUCCGGGGGAGGGCGCGGAGGUGCUGAUUGUGGCGGAGCCGUGGGGCACGGUGGACCUAGAUAACAUCGUGGGCACCAGGACUCGCAGCGGCAGAGGGGGGAGUAGGGCAGGAACGGGUGAAGCGGGGAAAGACGGGGAGGGGGCUGAGGUUGAGGAGGAGGAUGAGGAAGAUGAGGAGUUUGAGGUGGAGGAGGAUGAGGAGGAUGAGGAUGAGGAUGAAAGUGAGGAGGAGGAGGAAUCAGAGGAGGAGGCGGGGAGUGAUGAUGAGUGAACCACGGGCCCUGCUUUUGCAUUUCAAUGUGCCUGGGGAAAGCAGACCCUCCCAUCCCAUCCCAGGUACCUUGAGAAUACAUUGUGCUUGGUUGAUAUUGUCCAAUUGGGUAGAUAUGGCAGUGUGCUGCUCGUUCUGGCACACACCUGUGCAUGUAGGCCUCGAUUUGUUUGUCAUGUUUACUGCUGACCUGUAGAGCACAUGAGGAGCGCUGUGGCGCUUGUUUCUAGC